ACACACCAUUGCUUGGCUUGUGUGUGUUUGUGUAUAUACACGUGCAUUUAUUAUCUCUGCUGUGAGGCAACUGAGUGGCUGAGCUUGUAGGUGAGGUCACACACAUCUGUAUUUAACGUCAGUGCACACUAACCUCAAACAGAAGUUUGGAAACGUGUUUGCUCACGGCAGCAACGGAGAGAGGACAAAGUUGAGUAAGCUGUGGCCUUCCUUCUCAUAGUCUCUCCAUGCACCGGCAAGUACCGUGGGCUGCCCUGCCCUGGCGGAAAGGUGCAAUGCUCAUAGACUGUGCUGCUUCUGGAGACCCCAUGGCCCCCGGCACACCAUCUCCCUCUGCGAAUAGCCGACGACUCACUCUGGUGCAGUUGAUAUUGUCGUCCCUGUUGAUCUUGCUGGUUUCUGGGCUGCAACCAGUAUUGGGUCAGAAGGUCUACACCAACACAUGGGCUGUCCAUAUACCUGGAGGUGGGGAGGAAGCUGAACAAAUUGCCAGUAAACAUGGCUUCAUCAACUAUGGACAUGUUUUUGGUGACUAUUAUCACUUCAAGCAUCGUACCGUGGCGAAGCGAUCGCUGUCUGAUCAUAGGAGCACACACGUCCGUCUACUUAAAGAUCCCAAGGUGACCUGGGCAGAGCAACAGGUAGCCAAACGUAGGAAAAAAAGGGAUAUCUACGUAGAACCGGCUGAUCCAAAAUUUCUGGAGCAGUGGUACCUGUACAACACCAACCACCGUGACUUGAAUGCCAAAGCUGCUUGGCAGUUGGGCUACACAGGUAAAGGAGUGGUGGUGUCCAUCCUGGAUGAUGGAAUCGAAAAGAAUCAUCCAGACCUCAGUCAAAACUAUGACCCAGAUGCCAGCUAUGAUGUGAAUGACGGCGACCCAGACCCUCAGCCACGAUACACACAGCUUAACGAUAACAGGCAUGGAACACGCUGUGCGGGAGAGGUGGCAGCAGUAGCCAACAAUGGCAUCUGUGGAGUGGGUGUGGCUUACAAUGCCAAGAUUGGAGGCGUGCGCAUGCUGGAUGGUGAGGUGACAGACAUGGUGGAGGCCCAGUCUCUGGGCCUGAACCCCCAACACAUUGACAUCUACAGCGCCAGCUGGGGCCCAGAGGAUGAUGGCAAAACUGUGGAUGGGCCUGCCAAACUUGCCAAAGAAGCCUUUCUGCGUGGAGUUACUGAGGGUCGUGGAGGUUUGGGCUCGAUUUUCGUGUGGGCCUCCGGCAACGGUGGGAGGGAUAAGGACAGCUGUAACUGUGAUGGCUACACCAAUAGCAUCUACACCCUCUCCAUCAGCAGCUCGACCCAAAAUGGCUUUGUCCCCUGGUACAGCGAGGCUUGCUCCUCAACCCUCGCAACCACCUACAGCUCCGGCAAUCUCAACGAGAAGCAAAUUAUCACGACAGACCUUAAGGCUAAAUGCACAGACUCCCACACAGGGACGUCUGCCUCCGCCCCACUGGCUGCCGGGAUCAUCGCUCUAGCCCUCGAGGCAAAUAAAAAUUUGACCUGGAGGGACAUGCAACAUCUGGUUGUGCGAACCUCUCACCCUGCCCACCUGGCCACCAGUGACUGGAAUACCAAUGGGGUUGGACGCAAAGUCAGCCACUCAUACGGAUAUGGCCUACUUGAUGCCAGUGCAAUCGUGGCUCUGGCAAAGACAUGGACCAGCGUGGGGCCACAACGAAAAUGUGUGAUCACCAUGCUCUCCGAGCCAAAAAACAUUGGCGGCCAUUUAUCAGUUAACAAGAGCAUAGAUGCCUGCUUUGAGAGCGACAGUCACGUGACCUCACUGGAACACGUCCAAGCUCGGCUCACCCUGUCGUACAACCGAAGGGGCAACCUGGCGAUCCACCUCAUUAGUCCUGCCGGCACGCGCUCCACGCUGCUCCACCCCAGGCCUCAUGACUACUCGUCAGAGGGUUUUAAUGACUGGGCUUUCAUGACCACCCACUCUUGGGACGAGAACCCCUCUGGGAAGUGGACGCUGGAGAUCGAGAAUGUAGCGGGCGCCAGCGACUAUGGCACCCUAACCCAGUUCAUCCUGGUGCUGUAUGGCACCGCACCUCCUGGAGAUUCUCAGCCUCCAAACGGCAACUGUAAGACGUUGGACCUCAGGCAGAUAUGCCUUGAGUGUAAUCCCGGCUUCUACCUCCAUAAGCAAAGUUGUGUGAAAGAAUGUCCACCAGGCUACGCUGUGGGUUCGCUUCCCCUCAACUACACCGUGGGGAACUCCAUUUCCCCGCCCUACUUGCCGGCCUGCAUGCCGUGCCUGCCGCCCUGCCUGACAUGUAGCAAGCUCAGCGGUGAGGCCUGCCUGUCCUGUCCUCCUCACAGAUCGCUGAAUCCCGUCACCGGCAGCUGCGAUCACAACACCCAGUUCAUGCGCGAGUCGCCCGGAGGCUUCAUGGUGGGCCAGGGGAACGCUGGGUUGCAGCCCCAGCGCAACUCCCAAUUGCCCAUGACCGUAGCCAUUCUCAGCUGCAUGGCCAUCAUGGCCGUCUUUGCCGGUAUCUUCCUCAUGCUGCAGCUGCGCUCGGGCGCCGUCAUCAAGCUUCCGUCUCUAGAAGCCGGCAGCGGCCUGGCGGGCACCUUCAGCUUGGGUGGGAACAGGGUGGUGUCGUACCGCGGCAUCCCGACAGUGUGGGGGGACGACGGCGCCAACACGGACUCGGAAAACGAAGAAUUUGACGUCCAAAACGAGAGGACUGCCUUUAUCAAAACACAAAGUGCUCUUUAAUACAUUCCAUUUCUGACCUGCCUUUUUUUUCUUUUUUUUUUUUUUAAUCCUCACCACCAAUUAUUGGAAAAUUCAGGGCUGGUGUGUCUUUGCUUUCAUGCUCUUCUCUGGUUUUAUCUCUCGUCCUGAUUUGGCCCUCCAUUUCAGUGGGUUCCCAACAUCCUCCGCUUCUCUGUAAGAGACCUGACAGCAAGUCGCUGCCCACUUGGAGCUCAGGAUAGCGGGUGUGUUCACACUUCUAUUUGACCUUGUGUCUUUCUCCACCUCUUCCUUUGGAUCACUGGCAAUGUGUUUCUGUCCCACCUUCUUCUCCAGCUCUUAUUGUUCCACUAAAAGACAAUUACCGCCUUUCUAUUCUUCCUCCUUCCCUUUUCUAUCAGUCUCUGUGCAGUAGCCGGAUGAGAUUGUUUUGGCGUGAGGAACCCGAGCGUGCUAGUGUCCAUGUCCGGCACGUGAGUGUUAGGCCAAUCUUAAACCAGUUACUCUAAUCUUUUUCAUAGCAUUGUGUAAGUGAGCAAAUCUAUUUGGUCCCAUUUGAUUCUCGCAAGUAUCAACAUCGCAAAUGCCACGCUUUUUUUUUUUGGGGGGGGGGGGGGGUCACCUA